GUUGACGUCGCACUUUAUUUAUUCUUAAUUCGAAAAUAAGCGUUACUUAUAAUAUCAAAAAAGCAAAGUCUGUUAUUUCUUUGACGGGAUGGCACUGCCGGCCUUUGAUACGCUGUUAUCUACGACAGCGGUCAUUAGCACAGUUUUUCAAUUUUUAUCUGGCGCUGUCAUAUGCCGAAAAUAUAUACAAAAGAAAAGUACAGGAGAUUCAUCAGGGUUUCCCUUCAUUUGUGGUUUCUUAUCCUGCAGUUUCUGGCUGCGGUAUAGUGUGCUCACCAAUGAGCAGUGCAUUGUUUUGGUCAAUAUAAUUGGAUCGACGCUGUUUCUUGUGUACACGCUGGUGUACUACGUGUUUACCGUUAACAAACGUGCCUAUGUUAAGCAGUUCGCUGUUGUUGUUGCAAUACUUGUGACUGUAAUUUUCUAUACAAAUCAGUUGGAAAAUGACCGCGAAAAAAUGAUACACGUCACAGGUAUUAUCUGUUGCAUCGUAACUGUGUGCUUCUUUGCUGCUCCCCUAACCAUGCUGGUGCAUGUUAUAAGAGUGAAGAACUCGGAGAGUUUGCCUCUGCCGCUAAUAGCUACCUCGUUUUUUGUUAGUUUGCAGUGGUUAAUCUAUGGCAUACUAAUAUCGGAUUCAUUUAUACAGAUACCGAAUUUCCUGGGCGCUGUGCUGUCCAUGCUGCAAUUAGGGCUUUUUGUUAUAUACCCACCACGUAGUUUCGCAGGUCCAGGCUAUAAGCUAGUGGACCAGGUUGUGGCGUUUUAGAGCAAAAAUAUGUGCAUAUAUACAAACAUAUAUAUUUAUAGCCAAUUGGCCAUUUAUUUGUACGUAUUCUGCGCAAUUCGCAUUUGCUAUUUAAACAUGUUCCAUAACGUAUAUAUUUUUUUGAAUGUCGCUUGCUUUGUGUUGUGCAAUGCAAUUCGAAAUUAUGCCAAGCUUAGUUACUAUAGACAUUGGCCGGUAACUCAUCUCCAGUAAAGCAAUUAAGGAAAAGUUUAACCUAAUCUUAAAAUAAAUUUAUGGUGAAAUGUGUUACUGGGCCAUGUACAUGCAUAAGUUUACUCAUACGUUAGUAUAUUGAGUGUAAAAAAUUCAUUACAAAUGUCACAAAAAUGUACUUACAUUAUUCAGAUCUGCGGCGCCCAUCGUAAUAUAUUGUGUAUAUUUCUUAACGAUA